AUGAAGAGAAGUGAGUUUCUCGAGAUGUUUGAAAAGACGGAUGGCGGGUUGUUUGUGCCAAAGGAUCAAUCGCAGAACUGGUGCCGGCAUUUUGGAAUGAAGAGGGGCAAGGUGCUGUAUCUAUGCGAGGAGGAUGUGCUGUAUUUGUAUGAUAGAGAAGCCAAGACGGAGUAUCCUGUAAGGGCAAAGGCUUACUUUUUCGUCAGAAACAGCUGCUACAACCUUCUUCCUGACGAGGGGGGCAGGCUUUUGCUGUAUAAAAGGCAUAAGAACUUUAAUAGGAAGAAAGACAGGCCUAUCUGCCCCAUGAGAUAUGUGCUGAGAGAUGAGUACAUUGAAGACAUAAGCCUUGACACGAAAGACGAGGUUGUCUGUGUGCUUUCCGACGAUGUGUUUACUUUCCUAAGAGUCAAGGAGAUCGAGAGACUUGAUUCUGAAACGCCGGAGAGUCUGAAGAAGUAG